ACCAGAGCUUUGACGUGGCUUAAGCUCGCCUAUCGUCAGCUGUCGGCCGUUAACCCAACUGAUAACUUCUCCACCGCGCCGGAAUGUCUGCAACGUCAGCUGUCGUACCUGUUCCGGCUCCCGCCGCUGUCUCGCUAAACCGCCUUGUUAAUCUCCAUCAAACUCCCGUUCCGUUAUUCACUCAUUGCCCUUGCCCACGAAAGUCAGCUGCAAUUUCGUCUUCAUUUAUCAGCAGAUACAGCAACCAUGGCUUCCUCUCCCGGAAGGUUUCUCACACCUCGCUCUCAGGCCUCAGAAUUAAACCCCUCUUAUCUCCUGUCAUGGAAUGGCAAGAUUGCACGGUGAAGAUGGACAUAGAUGUGCCCACUUCAAUUGCUUAUAAAUGCUAUGCUGAUCGCGAAGCCAUUCCUCAGUGGAUGCCUUUUAUUUCAUCUGUUAAGAUUUUGGAGGACAAGCCUGACCUAUCUCGAUGGUCUCUCAAGUAUAAAGCAUUUGGACAGGAUAUUGAAUUCUCAUGGCUUGCCCGUAAUAUGCAACCUAUUCCAAACCAGAAGAUUCACUGGAGAUCUCUCGAAGGGCUUCCUAAUAGAGGAGCUGUUCGAUUUUACCCUAAAGGUGCUUCAUCAUGUACUGUUGAACUAACAGUUUCAUAUGAAGUUCCUCCAUUGCUGACUCCAGUGGCAUCAGCAUUGCAACCUUUCCUUGAAAGCUUACUGGUCCGCGGGUUGGAACGGUUUGCAAAAUUUGCCAAAGGUCACGCAGCUGCGCAGCAAUAAGAUGUGUAACUUUUGUUGGCUGGAACAUUAAAUAUGCACACAUUUAAUGUAAUAUACACACACUGUGAUGCGAAUUCAGCUUCAGCAGUUGCUGAGGUUGCUCCACUGUUCAUUUUUUACGAAUAAUUAUGUCACAUUACAUGUGUAAA